AUGGGAAGAGGGAAGAUUGAAAUCAAGAGGAUUGAGAAUGCGAAUAGCAGACAAGUUACAUUCUCUAAAAGAAGAGCUGGAUUAUUGAAGAAAGCAAGAGAGUUAGCUGUUCUUUGUGAUGCUGAAAUCGCUCUCAUUAUCUUCUCUAAUACUGGAAAGCUUUUUGAGUUUUCUAGUAAAGGAAUGCAAAGAACCCUUUUGAGGUACAAUAAGCAUAUUGAUUCUUCCGAGGAAUCCUUAUUGUUGGAACAUAAGGAAGAGAAGCAUGAGUUAGAAGCAGAUAUCUUAAAAGAAGAAAUAGAGAAUCUGAAAUGGAAACAAAUGCAGUUGAUGGGUAAGGAUCUCUCAGGCUUGGUAUUGAAAGAUUUGCAACAUAUAGAACAACAACUCAAUGAAGGAUUAUUAGCAGUGAAAGAAAGGAAGGAGCAACUGCUGACUGAACAAUUAGAACGAUCUAGAGUUCAGGAACACUUGGCUAUUAUGGAAAAUGUGAAUUUAAGAAAACAGGUUGAAGAGCUUCGGAGUUUCUUCCCCGUGAGCACACAACCGGGGCCUGAUUAUCUGGGAUCUUUUCCUUUGGAAAGAGAUCACUUUAUUUUGAAAUGUGAAGGUGCUAGUUCAACAUGCAAUCUUAUAGCUGAUAAAGAACACAACGACGACAUCAAUUUAGAAUUGGCGCUUCAACCGAAGGUUUAUGAAAUACGACAAGUACCUGCAGAAGACAACCCUUCAAGUAGCUCCGGUAGUCAGAUGACCCACCGAUGAACCUUUUUCA